CAGGUUCUUGUGAACCAGCCUUAUAGAAUCUGAUGCAUGCAGUUUCCUAAGAGAUUGUUUCUGUCUCUUGCAGAAUGGUGCUACCCAUCGCAGCAGUGUCAUGAGCCAGGAUGUAAAGAGCCCCGCAAGUGGAUGGAGGCAUACUCAGACUGCGGAGGGGAGAACCAGUCCCCCAUCAACAUCGUCACCAACAAAGUGGAAAUUGACUGGAACCUCAAGCCGUUGGAGUUCCUCGCCUACCAAGACAAACAGAAAACUAACUGGACCAUAAGCAAUACUGGCCAUUCAGUCAAAGUGACGCUGGACGGCUCUGCGAAGAUCAAAUCUGGGGGGCUCCCGGACCAGUACAAGGCUGUUCAGUUCCACUUCCACUGGGGCCGGGUGGCCAACAGCAUCCUUGGUAUAGAACCUGGAUCGGAGCACACCGUUGACGGAGAGCGAUACCCAAUGGAGCUUCACAUAGUCCACAUAAAGGAACAAUAUGCCAAUACAUCAGAAGCUGCCUCAAAGGGAGGUAUUGCAGUGUUGGGAUUCUUUAUAGAGAUUGGUGAUGAGGAGAACAAGAAUUAUAAUUCUAUCAUUUCAAAGCUGAAAGAGGUUUCUUCCCCAGAAAAUGCAGAAGUGGUGGCGCCUUCACCCCUUCUUUCUCUCAUCCCUCCAACGGAGUAUCUGGACAAGUACUACCGUUACCAUGGCUCCCUGACCACACCUAGCUGCAGUGAGAAUGUCAUCUGGACCUUAUUUGAGCAAUCCAUUAAACUUAGCUUGGAACAGGUACGGCAGUUCCCAUUGAAUCUCCACUUUAAGAAGAACAGCAGCUUGCUGAUGGAGGAUAACUUUCGGCCGGUUCAGCCUCUGGGUAAACGAACCGUCUACAAGUCAGACGCAAUGGCCCUCGUGUCUCCUGCAAAGACGCUGUUGCUACUUCCGGCGGCCACCUACCUCUUGCUUUCUUUUACUCAAUGAAGAGUUAGAUUUC